AUGUCAGGUUAGUGUUAUUUCUAUCAAAUAAUUGGGAAUAACACAUGUUCCAGUUGUUCCGAGUGCACACAGCUCCACAGAAGAGAAGAAUAUGAAAAAGUGAAACAUGAGUAGUUAUAGGAAGAUAAAUUCAACGCGUUAAUGUAUUCUAUGCGGUAAUAAUUAAUGAGCUCUCUGCGGUUGAGCUCUCUGCGGUAAUAAUUAAUGAGCUCUCUGCGGUAAUAAUUAAUUAGUUCGUAUAAACUUUUAAUUAAUGAGCUCUCUGCGGUAAUAAUUAAUUAGUUCGUAUAAACUUUUAAUUAAUGAGCUCUCUGCGGUAAUAAUUAAUUAGUUCGUAUAAACUUUUAAUUAAUGAGCUCUCUGCGGUAAUAAUUAAUUAGUUCGUAUAAACUUUUGCGUAUAAACUUUUGCGUCCCUAUCGCGUGUGCGGUAAUAAUUAAUUAGUUCGUAUAAACUUUUUCGUCCCUAUCGCGUGUGCGGUAAUACUAUGUUUUUCGUUGACAAACGGAGAAAAAGGCGCGCGCGGCGACCGAAGUUAAAGGCGCAGAGACUUUUGAGGAGGCGCGGGUCUCGAAGCGAAAUGAAAGAACGGUCGCGGCAGGCGGGAUUUUAAUUCGAAAUGUCAUUCUACGGAAUUUGGAAGGUUCCCGGCCCACCCACCCAACUAAACGAAAGAAAUCAAGUGUCAAAUUGUUGCAGAAGGCGCAAAACGACAGUACGUGAAGGAUUUGGAGGCGCAGGCGGGGAAGCAGCUGAAACACCUUGUCGACGUGCUGAAAGUGGCGCCGUACGAGUCAAAGGCCACGUCUACGGCGAGGGCAUAUCGCGCGGAAAAUGUGAAACGAAACGUUUGGACAGAGAAGAUGCAGCUGCCGAAGAACGAGUCAACAUUCCUGCUCUACCUGAUGGAGAGAGGGACGAAGAUCGGAAGCAGCGCGCUGUCAAAGAUCUCGGCGGCGUAUCAAGCGGCAAACGAUGGGAUUUCCAAGAUUUUUGUGCGUGAGAUCCCAGUUGGCUCGGUUAAAACGACCUAA